AUGCCCCCCAAAACAAAAGGCCCAACCGGCCUCACCCGCCUCUACCUCCUCGCCUACAACGCCCUCUCCUUCACCCUCUGGGCAACCUGUCUCGCCCGCGGCGCUCAAACCCUCCUCGCAACCGCCUCCCCCACCGAAGCCUUCACCGCACUCUACUCCCCCCUCCUGACAACCACGCAAUCCCUCGCCGCGCUCGAAAUCCUCCACAGCCUCACAGGCCUCGUGCGCGCCCCGGUCGCCACAACCGCCAUGCAGGUCUCGUCGCGGCUGCUGCUCGUCUGGGGGAUCAUGUAUCCGUUCCGCGCGGGCGGUGUUGCCGCCGCCGGUGAAGGCAUCGUGGGCGGGGACAGUGUGCAAAUGGGCGAUUACGCCUUCCUGGGCUGCCUGGUUGCGUGGGGUAUCACCGAGUGUAUUCGGUAUGGGUUUUUCGUGCUCUCGCUUUCGGGGGUGGGUGUUCCUGGUUUUUGGACUUGGUUGAGAUACAACACGUUCUACGUGCUUUACCCCCUCGGCAUCAGCAGCGAGUGCACGCUUGUGGUGAAGGCGCUGGAGCCGGCGGCGGAGUGGAAUCCGCUGCUUUGGUGGGCGUUUGUGGUUGUGUUGGGGAUUUAUGUUCCUGGUUCCUACAUUCUCUAUACGCAUAUGAUGGCUCAGCGACGGAAGGUUAUGCAGAAGAAGGAUUGA